AUGGAGGGUAACGAGUUGGGCUUCGCUGGCACGGUGCUGCAGCUUGUAGUUGACGUCGACCGUGCUAGAGCGGAGCGCGGGGAGGAGACCCAGGGAGGAGCCCGGGUGUCGCUGUUCAGCCUGUUCGGGCUCGAGAAGCAGAAGAAGCGCAAGCGCAAGCUGGUGGCCAUCCUGUGGUGCGAUCACGGCCUCGCCGACGCGUCAGCCCAGGUGGUGCUGAGCGUCUUCCGCGACCACAUGGAGACCCGGCACGCGUGGGUGGAGAACAAGAGGGACGCAAGGGUCAGGGCAGACCUCCUGUGCACCGUACAGCCCGGCAACAUGACGAUGCAGCUUACCCUNGAAGCACCAUCACCAACCCUUACCGGCGGGGGAUAGGCAGGACCGGCAGGCGGUGAGGGCUAGCGCGAUUGCAAACCUCGCGGGCAGCAUGGGGAACGGUGGCAGCGGCGGCGGCGGAGGCGGAGGGGGCGUCGUCGAGCAGCCGGCGUCCUUGCCGCGGCUUUUGUCGUGGGCAUCAGGAGGAGGAGAAUAGGCGGAGGAGAAGGAAGGGAAUAUCCACCAGACUUGAUGAUUAUGACAAGUCUGUGGUGCAAGAGGCCAGCCCCCUGCCGUUUCGUACUCGUGGUGUUGGCACUCUAGGCCCGCGAAGGUGGUGGACUGAUCCGCCGUCGAUUCGAUUCGUUCAUCUUUUUGCUUGUUGUUGUUGUCGGUGGGGUCAAGGGUCAUUUGUGCUGCAGCAGCGAUUUAGCGGAAACAGCAAUGACAGCGGAAGAGGAAUUGCUUUGAAGCAUGCACGCCCUUGGAUGGAUGUGAAGAAACUCUUAACGUCGCCGAGCUACGGUGCUCCCGACUUUUUCUGGUUGCGAGAAGCCAGUCGCGACCAAUUUUCUUUCUCUUUUCUGCGGCCUCUGUGCGUACGGCAGUGGACUGUUGAAAAAAUGGAAACAAGUAUUUUGUCUGUCGUCCCUAGGCUGCGCACCCGAACUAAUGUGCCGCCUUUGCUGCUGCUGCUGGAUCAUUCCCCUUGUGUUCAAUAGAACUCGCGGACAGCUGUUGGGUCAUGUAGGACAGGGCAGGGAGCAGCCACCAGCUGCUCGUCAGUAGCGGAGACGAGUACACUGCGUGCUGCCUGCUUAACAGUACCGGCGUUUUUUAUUUUGGGUCGUUUUUUUUGUGUAGAGUAUUUUUUGUCGCUCUUCGACUUGGUUCUUGAUUAGUGCCGUUCUUCUUUUGGGCUCUCUGUGCUUUAUGCUGCUGCUGCUGCAGCUGCUCGCUGCUAACCGCUUCAGUGCUGUGCGUGUUGCUGUUGGUGCGAUGAGUUUCUUACGUACGUACGAAAGCGAACAAGCAAGUCAAGAGACUGUGCUGUUUUUUUUCGAUUGAUUGGUGGCUUGGAUUGGUUUCACGGGACACGUUUGCACGUACACCAUCGAUAUGGUAUGUGGCUUGUCAAUGUUGUAGACGAGAGCUGAAAAUACUGCUGUACGACUCGGGCGAUGCGCAGGAAAACGCAGGGUUGUACGGCGCCACAGGCCGAAGGGCCAGUACGUGCGGAAAAUAUGGUUUGAUUCCGUUAUUGGGCGUUGCCAAAUGUGAUGUUGAAGUUACCAAAGGUCGGUUCCUUGCUAUGUGUUUUUUGGGCUGUGCUCUGCACGGCCAAUUUAUCGGGGAUAAUGUUUCCUUACUCCCUUCCCCCCCCCUUCCCUAAUGCACCGCAUUAUCCGGGUCCCCCUGUCCCAUCUCCUUUUGUUCAUGUGUAGCCUGUUGCGCUGCUGUGCUGCCGCCCUGGAUGAUUGUUGCGUGGCGUUCCUUGACUGGCUUGUUGGUUUCCGCUGGUUUGUCCUCACAAGUGCCAUGGAGGCAGGUGGACGGUGGUGAAUGAUGGGCGUCACACGCGUUUCAUGAGAAUAAUGUUUUGGUGUGUGUUGGGGGGGAGUAGCAGAGCGCACACAAAACAGUCCCUCUUCACCAUCGACACCAGUAACUGCUUUUUUCUUUUUUUUUGUCCAUUGCUGAAAAGUCAUUCCGGAGACUAACCGAGAAUAAGAGGCAGUGUCGUGGUCAUUUUGUCACUUUCUCGUGGUUGGCACUGCGUGUUUGUGGCUUCAUUUCCAUGAACAUCAAUUUUUGAGGGAGGGUCUCCCCCCGCCACUCCACCCUGCUCGUACCCUUUGUUUCGUUUGCGGUUUGGUGUGCUUGUAGGCGUUUAAAAUAGGCUAUAUUUUGUAGACUACAUUUGAAUUAUAGCGUGACUUUCAUUUGUUUUCCUGAAUUGUCCCGCUCCGUACCUCGCGAUGUCGUCUCUGGAAAGAGUAGCAAGCUUCGUGUCAACUACGAUUGUGUAUAUUGGCGAACAGGAACGAGUACGCAGGAGUGAUGGCCCGUUUUUGCCGAAUUAAACCACGCUCGCUUUGUUUAUUUAUUUAUUUUUAUGGUCGUGUGAGACGAGAGGUGCGGGACGUGGCAUAUUUCCUGCUAUCGUCCAGUUUUGAUUCUUUUUGGGUGCAGUAGCAGUACAAUGGUGGUAGACUCGAGGUCAGGCAGUUUUUAGCGAGCUCGACCGCGUUUGAGAGUGGGUGCCAAAAGAAAUUCGUGUUUUUUUUGGGUGUUUCAUGUAUGGGUGCGCGUGGAAUUUUGGUGUGCUCGUUUUUUUGCCCUUUGACAGGCUUGUUUGUUUGCCUAUAUCCUCAAGGUGAUUGUAUUCUAAGAAAGGCCGCCUCUGUAUGCAAAACUUGUAAUCUUUCGUGAGGUUUGCAGACUGUCUUUGCUCACCAGAGAAAGCUAUCGCAUGUCUGUACGUAUGUGCUUGCUCAGUCGACCAUUGACUUCGUAUCAACAGGAAGCGUUAUUUCGUUUAAUAUACUUCCGAUCCACGGAAUGCCCAACCACU